UCUCAACUAAUUACUAGUAUCUCUCUACACUCUUCUCACAUCAAAUUCUUCAUCAUAUAAUAACUAACUACCAUUCUACUAUAUCAUUCAAACACCAAAAAAACUCAAUGGCUCCAAAGUUGGUGAAAUCAGGGUCAUUCAUUCAGAGUUUAGCUGAUAAAAAAGAGAAACUUCUAUCCAUGAAAGGUGAUGGUUAUUCACAGAUAGGAAUUGGUUUGCAACAAGAACAAGAAGAGCAAUCGAAGAUGUUGAAGUUUUGGAUAAGUGUGAAGCUUGUUGCUAACAAGGCAUGGGAAAUGGGUCGUUCUGAUCCAAGGAAAAUUAUAUUCGCUGCAAAAAUGGGUCUUGCUUUGACUCUUAUAUCACUUUUGAUUUUUCUCAAAGAACCCUUCAAAGAUAUGAGUCGUAAUUCUGUUUGGGCUAUUCUUACCGUUGUCGUCGUCUUUGAAUUCAGUAUAGGGGCAACUUUAAGCAAGGGGUUUAACAGAGGAUUAGGAACUUUAUCAGCUGGAGGACUUGCUGUAGGAAUGGGAGAGUUAUCAGCAUUGGCUGGAGAAUGGGAAGAAGUUAUAAUUGCUAUUAGUACUUUCAUUGUUGGAUUUUGUAUCACCUAUGCAAAACUAUACCCAACUAUGAAGCCUUAUGAAUAUGGUUUCCGUGUCUUCUUGAUCACUUAUUGCUACAUCACAGUAUCUGGUUACCAUACGGGUGAAUUUAUUGACACAGCUAUAAGUAGAUUUUUUAACAUUGCACUUGGUGCUGCUAUAUCUUUGGGAGUUAAUAUCUGUAUAUAUCCUAUUUGGGCUGGUGAAGAUCUGCAUAAUCUUGUCAUCAAAAAUUUCUUGGGUGUUGCAACAUCUUUGGAAGGGGUUGUCAAUCAUUACCUAAAUUGUGUUGAGUACAAGAAGGUGCCAUCCAAAAUUCUUACUUACCAAGCUGCUGAUGAUCCAGUUUACAGUGGCUAUAGAUCAGCUGUUGAAUCUACAAGUAACGAGGACUCUUUGAUGGGAUUUGCUGUGUGGGAGCCACCUCAUGGUCACUACAAAAUGCUUAAAUAUCCAUGGAAGAAUUAUGUGAAAGUAAGUGGAGCUCUAAGGCAUUGUGCAUUUAUGGUCAUGGCCAUGCAUGGAUGCAUACUUUCUGAAAUACAGGCCCCAGCUGAGAAGAGACAAGUUUUCCGCAACGAGCUUAAGAGAGUAGGUUCCGAAGGAGCAAAAGUGUUGCGCGAACUCGGAAACAAAGUCAAGAAGAUGGAGAAACUGGGAAGGGGAGAUUUGUUGUAUGAAGUACACGAGGCUGCAGAAGAAUUGCAACAAAAGAUUGAUAAAAAAUCAUACCUCCUUGUAAAUUCAGAGCUCUGGGAGAUCGGAAAUCGUCCCAAAGAAAAAGAUGAUAAUUCUAAAGGCCUAUUUAACAUGGAUGAAGAUAGAAAAUUUCUAGAGAUCAAAUCUCUAAGUGAAGCUGUUCUUGAUCUUAGAUCAAUUGAAGUUCAAAAAAGUUGGGAUGGAAAUACUACAAAUAGUAAUAACUCUACUGUGCCUGUUUCUGAAAACUUGUUCAUGAAACAGAUGUCUUGGCCUGCUCAUGUUUACAACAAAGCAGACACCGCAGCAAAAAAGGAAGAAUCAAAGACUUAUGAAACUGCUAGUUCACUGUCUCUAACAACAUUUACAUCACUUCUGAUUGAAUUUGUAGCAAGACUUCAAAACCUGGUUGAUUCAUUUGAAGAAUUGGGUGAGAAAGCUAAUUUUAUGGACCCUCUUGAACAACAAGGUGUGGUAACCUCUGGUGGUUUUUGGACUAGAUUGUUCAAUUGCUUCAAAUCAUAGGAUUUGUGGCAAAUGGAGUAUGAGUGUAUGGCAAUAGGAAGAGAUCCAAAAUGAAAAUAUACAUUUCUAAUGAUUUUGAAUUACCAUGAAACUAGUGAGACUAGUAUCCUUUAUACUAAGUUGAAGACUAGAAGAAAACUAGAAUUUUAAUUCUUUGCAACAGCUCUGCAGAAACUGCUACAACCAUCAUAGAGAAUCCAUGUUUUGAAAACAGCGGGAGCAAUAUUUAGAACUAGAGUAAAUAAUUCACUUUGUUAUAUUUUAUUCUUGAAAUGUACAGACAUCUCGUUAUUUAUAUCAUAAUGUCAGAAAAUAUUACAUUUUUUAACUCUAUGUAUAGAAUAUAUGGAGAACA